CCUCACGUUAGAAUGUGGAAUGCUGGAGGUGCCGGUGCUCUGAUUGGCCGGCUGCGUCCCAGCGGCACUUCAAAGUCGGAGAGGACCUACAAUUGUGGUGAAAUGGGCGGAAUACAUCAUUGUAUUGCACACCUCUAAAAAAACAGUGCUCUGAUUUAUAAAUAUAAAAAGAUCCUCUGAGGAGGGCGCUUUUUUGUGAUGGCAACUUCACUUCUAGGGGUGAGUCUAAGGAUUUUCUUGCCGGUUAAAUUAGUUGUUUAAUUGUCCUGCGGAAAGGAUUAAAAUUGCUUUGGUACGAGUGGGAAAGUCAGUCCGUUGGUUAUGUUUUUAGCAAGUUGGUCAAGGAAAAAAGCUGAGUACUUUCAUCAGAAAGAAACAGGAUUUGCACUUUCUGUCAUCUAUCUGCAGAUGCACCCAGGACGUUUAUGUUAUUUCAUUGUAUAAUCCUCUUAAAGCUGUACCAAUUUAACUUUUGCGUUUCUUGUUCAUCGCGGUCUAAAGGAGGAGCCGAGAUUAGGAUCGACUCCUUUAGCCAUGCUAGCGGCUACCUGCAACAAGAUCGGAAGCCCGAGUCCCUCACCUUCUUCUAUAUCGGAUAAUACAUCAUCUUUUGGUAAAGGUUUCCACCCUUGGAAAAGAGCCACCGCUAGUAGCUGCAACGUCGGGUCCAGCCUCACGAGUUUCGGCGUAUCUGGAGUUUCCAGAAACGGGACAGGACUAUCGGAAUCCUUUGGGACAAACGGCUCCACGGGAUCAAGUGCCUUUUCCUUGACGUCUGGCAAUUCUUCUAAUUCACACUUCGGAAACGACUACUCGGUUUUCCAAGCUUCUGUGUCCAACACGUCCCAAGAUCCCAGCCACCAACCGGUGUUCAUUUCCAAAGUGCAUACAUCAGUGGACAGUUUACAGGGUAUCUAUCCGAGAAUGAGCGUCGCACAUCCUUAUGAGUCGUGGUUUAAAUCUUCUCACCCUGGCAUACCUACAGGGGAUGUUGGUACCCCCGCCACUCCUGCGUGGUGGGACGUGGGAGCUGGCUGGAUUGAUGUCCAGAACCCAAAUGGAGCCGCAUUGCAGACAUCGUUGCAUUCCGGGGGACUUCAGACGUCGUUGCACUCUCCCUUGGGAGGCUACAGUUCAGAUUAUUCCGGUCUGAGCCACUCGGCUUUUAGUUCUAGCGCUUCUCCUCACCUUCUGACCGCCGGUCAACACUUGAUGGACGGGUUCAAGCCCGUGCUAUCAUCCUACCCAGACUCUAGCCCUUCUCCUUUAGCAGGGGCGGGCGGGACCAUGCUGGCCGGAGGGCCAGCGGCAUCUUUAGCAGGAUCCCCUCGGUCGUCAUCCCGGCGGUAUUCAGGCAGAGCCACCUGCGACUGCCCUAACUGCCAGGAGGCAGAGAGACUAGGACCAGCCGGAGCCAGUCUGCGUAGGAAAGGGCUUCACAGCUGUCAUAUCCCGGGCUGCGGAAAAGUGUACGGUAAAACUUCGCAUCUCAAGGCACACCUGCGAUGGCAUACUGGAGAGAGACCUUUCGUGUGCAAUUGGCUGUUUUGUGGCAAGAGGUUCACGCGAUCCGACGAGCUGCAGCGACAUUUGCGCACGCAUACCGGUGAGAAAAGAUUUGCAUGUCCGGUGUGCAAUAAGCGGUUUAUGCGCAGCGACCACCUUAGUAAACACGUAAAAACUCACAGUGCCGGGGGAUCUGCAGGGUCAGGCUCCAGCGGCAGCGGAGGGAAGAGAGGAAGCGAUACAGACAGCGAGCACAGUGCACCUGGUAGCCCCCCGUGUAACUCCCCAGACCUGUUGCAGCCUCCGGACUCCGUACAAACGACGGGUAUAAAUGGCCACACUAAUGUCAUUGAAUGAGCAGGACAUCGCUCACUGCAGAACUACAGAGGCUAUAGGCGAAAAGACUCGAAAAUGUAGACACUGAUCAACAUCUGUAUUUAUUUUGCCCCAGUUCAUGGAACUGAACGUUAAAUCCAGUUUAAGUUAAUUGGUGCAAUGUUAAUUGUUGGUAAGGACAUUCAACUAAGAUAUAUAAUGUUUUAAUUAUACACCGCAUUUUGAUGGUGGUAGUAAUAAUAAUAAUAAUAAUAAUUAAUUGCUGGGGAAGCAUCUAUUAUACAAAACUACACUGACAAAUGAGCGCCUCUUAAUAAAGAAAUCGUGGCCAGCAAAUCUCUACAAUUUCCAAUGUAUAUAUUUAAUUAAAAAAAAAAACUGUGGCACUUUAUUCUUGAAGACUGAUAGUUUCGUCGUUUUAACACUGUCUGUUUUAGCCGGACAUACCGCAGUGAUAUUACAUUGUUUCUCUUCUGUUGUCAUCCACGCUCUUGAAUUGUGGAAAAGAUGAUGAUUAUUGUUUUUAUUGAGGAAAAACUACAUUACAGUCUGGCCAUAUAUUUAAUGCGAACUACUGGUGCGAUUAAGUCCAUUUUUAACUAUUCGUAUUAAACCUGUUGCUGCAAACCCGGAAAUCGGAAUAUGUUGUAGAGUAGCGUAGCAUAUCAUUACCCAAUGCCUAUGUAAAGGUGAG